GUCCAAUAAAGAAAAAUGAUAUAUUUGGAGUGCAUAAAAGUGGUGGUUAUGAAUGGGAAGUUCUUCUCAGCGAAGUUUCAAAUAGGCCAUUUAAUACUACAACACAAGCUCAAUCACAUAUAUUUGAUGACCACAAAAAACUUGAAAAAUGUGCAAAAGAUGCUUUGGAUGAUGCUCUAAAUUUUAUAAACUUGAAUUAUACGAACAAAACCCAAUAUAUAAAGAUCUUUAAAGAAAUUAAUACGUUUUUAAUUCAUGCUCAUGAAAUGAGCCUAGAGCUUUUUAUUUUGGAUCAAAAAUUUGAACCCUUUUUUCGAUUGAGAAGAUUAUCUAAUAUAUUGAUUCCUCAUAAACAAGGCUCAAUUGGUGGUAUUAUUGAUUUGGUACAGAACUUGCAAUUAUUUAAA